AUGGAGACCUUCAGAAAUUAUGGGGUUGUCGUCUAUAUAGUAUUCCUUUUAAUGGCAAUGGUUAGGCUCAAAGCUGAGGAAAAACACACAAAUGUCAAUUCUCCUAAUAAAGGCAAUGCGACAAUUGUAACACUUUCUAACUCUAGUCAAAGUAUAAACGAAGAAGGGAAAGAGAAACAAGAUAACUACAACAAUAAGGUUGUCAAAGGUAGUUUGUAUGAUAGAGGUGGUGGUGGAGGAGGAGGGGGCGGGGAAUGGGGUGGCGGAGGCGGAGGGGGAGGAGGCGGUGGAGGAGGUGGCUGGGGAUGGGGUUGGGGAGGCGGUGGUGGUGGUUGGUGGAAAUGGGGGUGUGAAAGCAAACCAAGAGGUGGUAAAAGGAGCAUAGUGAAAGAUUAUGUUGUGGGAGAGUUUGCAGAAUGUAUGACAAAGACACGGUGCAAAGGAAUGAGAUUAGAAUGUCCUCUUCAUUGUGGUGGAACAUGUUACUAUGAUUGUCAUCAUAUGUGUAAGGCUUAUUGUCGCCGACUCUAG